ACGAAGAAUUCCUUUCUGAAAUCCAUCCCCGCACAAUGAUUUCCGGCAUUCAUCACGUUAAUAUUCUCGUGCCAGAUGGCACCCUCGACCAAGCCACCGAGUUCUACAGCGACACCCUCGGCCUAGAAUCAGCCCCCGUUCCCGAGCUGCAGAAGGGGACCAUCCUUUGGUUUAAUCUUACCCCCGAUGGAAGUCAACAAAUCCACGUCAACCUGGGACCUAACCCCGAGCUCGACUCCCAGCGCCACGCCUGCCUGCGCGUCUCGUCGCUGGAUGAGUUACAGAUGCUGCAGAAACGCAUCUUAGCGCAUCAUGAAAGCGGAGGUCCCGCGGCUCCGAUGGAUGUAGAUCGGUUGGGAAUGUGCUCGGGUCCCACGGGGGAGGAAUAUCCACGUCGGUUCUUUGCCCGAGACUUUGCGGGCAACCGACUCGAGUUUAGUGUUUAGACCCGUGUAGGGGGUGGGAAGUGGCUGUUGUGUUUUGCUUUCUUUUUCUCUCUUGUCCUUUCUCUUUCUCAGAUUGAGCGUUUGCAAGUGCAGAUUUUGUUAAUUUUCUUUCUUUGGUUGUGCAUCGCGUACUGGCUGUUUCCAGUCAAUCUGCAUUUCGGGGCCCUGCAGGACAGACCACGAGUCUAUAGUUUGUGGGUGGUUUAUCGGACUAUGGCUGAUUGUUCUGCGCGAUGUGUGGAGAACAUGGGGGCAACUGGACAUGACAUCAUGUCCAAAUUUGGGAAGAGGUGAGGUGAAGAAUUAACGACCCAUCCAAAUGGGUAAUUAAGUAGUGUAACCAAGUCAACAUAAGUAUAGAUUCAUU